GUGGCUCAAGCCAUCAAGCCUCGAUUUGACCAUGGUUGAUCUCAUGGCAAAAUCUCUGACCCUAUGGGCCCCAAGCUGCAGCUGAACCAUGAGAGAGAGGAUCACGUUUGGAUCACUUGGAGGGUUUCUCCAGAGGAGUUGGAAGCAACCCAUCUGGCAGAACUUGGCACCCACAGUGGCACAGCUCCAGGCCUGCAUGAGAACAUCUCCUUCCACGUCACUGCGACUCUGGCGGCUGGUCGCUGGCGGCCGCGCUUGCAAGAGCCAGCAGCGUGGCUCCGAGGGACUAUGGAUAAGCAGAGGCUGACAUUGGCAUUCGAAGGCAACGGUCACACACAAGCGGAACUCGUACCUGAGCGAUGUGCUUUUCCAACUCUGGACCCGGGGGACUGCCCGGAUGCCUCCCUUCAGCUCGUGGUUCUUUGGAUUGUUCAGCCCCAAGAUAUUCGCCCAGCUGAAGCCGGUCGUUUCGUUUUUGGUCAAGCACUUGGAAAAGGACAAAGCAGUCAGGUCUUGGAAGUUAGAGAUACCAUCACCGGGCGUCGGGAUUUGGUCGCAAAACUCAGCGACAAGUAUGAACUACUGCAGGAAGCGAUGGUUUUGAAAGCACUGCAGGGGUUGGAAACUUUUCCAGAUUUCAUUGGGCUUUUCGCUGGUGACCAGCCGGAAACGCAGCGCUUUUUGGUGCUGCAGCGCUUUCAUGGAAGUUUGGAAGACCUGCGAAAAGAUGCAGAUCCCAUCGAUGUGAUACCAACCGUUGGGAUCCAAGUUCUUGCGCAGCUGCGAGCGAUGCAUCAGUUGAACUUGGCACAUGGAGAUUUGAAGACCAAGAACAUGGCGGUGGUUAGCGUCAAACCGCUAAGGAUCAGCCUCAUUGAUUUUGGCUGCUGUCGGCCCUUCCGGGUGUCCAGCUACUGGGUGUACCCACGCUCCAAAGCUGCAGUGGGCACCACUCGCUUUUGUGCCAUCCCGGCUCACCACGGCGAGCGCUCUCCCCGCUGUGAUCUGGAAUCGCUGGCCUAUGUGCUUAUAUAUUUGGCUUCGGGGCACCUACCUUGGCAAGGUCUUGUGGCGCAGAGCACUCGGGAGCAUAGCCUCCAAAUGCUCGGAAAGAAGCAGGACUUUGGGGCACUGGAGAGACACAUUCGAAGUUCCGUCCCUGCGUUGGCAGAUGCCUUGACGGAAAUGGCAUGGAUUUGUCGGAACCUCUGCAUGGAAGAGGAACCACCAUAUACCGAGCUUCAAAAUCUGCUCGAAGCCGGCUUGCCAAGUUGAUUCGAUGCACCACAUUCCACUGAUGAACGUUGCGUUGAGGACUGGAAAAUGCCCGGGAAAUCGGAGAAGCUUGGCUGUGCAGCAGCUCUUGGAAGCAGCAGAAAGAUACCAAUAGCAAUGCAGGGCCAAAUGUUUGCUGAAGAUUGCACGCAUGCUUCAGUGCUACGACAGGCAAGCCGCGGCAAGCCUAGAAUCCGUAUCUAUCCAGCAGAUGAAACGUCUUGAUGAAGCCUUGCUGGAGAGCCGACAGGAUGUCUUGAAAAUGGCAUUGGCUGCGUGUUGAGAUGGACCAAUGGAAUUGGUCGGUGCCUGGAAAA